GUACAGAUCCCAUCAACAUAGGAUGGGCGAAAUGGACGGUGAAGGCGAGAUCGAAGUGCUGGAGAAUGACAUACGCACAUUGCGAAAGCAGCUGCAAGAGAAGGUUCAGCAACUGAAGGCCUUGAAAAAGCAUUUUCAGAAAAAUUGUAUCACCAAGUUGAAUAACGAUGAAAUCGCUAGAUACAGUCGGCAGAUUAUACUCUCGGAGAUUGGCGUUCAAGGGCAGCUGAAACUAAAAAAGGCCUCGGUGUUGGUGGUUGGUGCCGGUGGCCUUGGAUGUCCCGCUGCGCUGUAUCUAGCUGGGGCUGGAAUCGGACGUAUCGGAGUGCUAGAUUACGAUGAAGUGGAACUUACGAAUCUUCAUCGACAGCUGCUGCACACGGAAGCCACUGUUGGCUUGACCAAAGUUACCUCGGCACAGUCCUAUCUAGAGCAGCUGAAUUCACAAAUCGAAAUUCAAACCCACUACACGCAACUGUCCAGUGACAACGCUUUCGGCAUUCUGGAUCAAUACGAUAUUGUGGUCGAUGCAACGGACAAUGUGGCCACUCGGUACCUGCUGAACGAUGCGUGCGUAAUGCUCCGAAAGCCACUCGUUUCGGGCAGCGCCCUGCAGCUGGAAGGUCAGUUGACCGUGUACAACUAUCGCGGAGGUCCGUGCUAUCGCUGUCUCUUCCCAACGCCUCCGCCACCGGAAUCCGUCACCAAUUGCGGUGAUGGCGGUGUUCUUGGAGCCAUCACGGGCGUUAUUGGUGCGCUGCAGGCUCUGGAAACGAUUAAAAUCAUCCUCUCAAAUGAGGGUGUCCUCAGCGGACGGUUGCUGCUGUUCGAUGGCAAGCAGAGUGCUUUCCGAAAUCUAAAACUUCGUCCAAAAAAGCCCAAUUGUGCAGUUUGCUCCGACGCUCCCACGCUCACUAAGCUGAUCGACUAUGAACAGUUUUGUCAGAUGAAAGCGACCGACAAGGACACUGCCCUGGCACUGUUGGACCCGUGUGAACGGAUUUCCGUGCGCGAAUACCACGACGAAUGGUUGACCACCGGCCGGGCGCAUCUGCUCAUCGACGUUCGCGGCCAAAACCAGUUCGAGAUGUGUCAACUGCCUGGUACACCAGUCAAUAUUCCCAUUGAGGAUAUCCUGAACAACAGACGAACGGAAGAGAUCCUGGCGCAAGUAGAACAGACGAUGUUGCCAGUGUACGUUGUGUGUCGCCGAGGAAAUGACUCGCAGCUGGCCGUGCGGCAUCUCGAGCCAAUGUUCAAGCAACGAAAUAUGCUAGCACCUCGUGACCUGAUCGGUGGACUCCACGCUUGGACGAAAACGAUCGAUUCAAACUUCCCCAUCUACUGACCGGCACGGUUGUUUAUUAUCUUUUUUUGUCUGUUUUACCUGUUCAUGCACAAUAAAAAAAUCA